UCUAACUAUAUUAAUAUCACAAUAUCUUCAACAUAUGCUCCAGACAUAUUUUUUUUUGUUUUUGUGCCCUUCACAGGAGCUCUGCUCUCAGUUAUUAAUGACGUAAAAGAUGACCAACUUAAUGCGGAAGAUAAUGUUCUAAAGCAGGUGAAAGGACUUCAUAAUAAAGCAUCUCUGAUAGCUCAGGAUGCAAUGCCAUUUCUUCAACAGUCAUCGCCAGAGUAUUAUCAGAAAUUCAAGAAACAAGUGUCUUAUCCUUGGUCAAACUUUAAACCUUUUACAAAUAAAAAGCUAUCUGCUGAACAAUACAAUAACGAGCCCCAGAAAAGAAGGAAUCUCAUAAACUUUAACGAGGAAACCAGUGACCAAUGCAUGACUGAGUUGACUGGUACUGCAAACGGGUCAGCCUCUGGUCAGCCUUGCCACAUAUCUGAUGAAUGUUGGGACUUAAUGUUGCCGGCAUCUGAGGGAGCACAGGGCUAUGCCUUGACUCACCAAGCUCUGUUUUUUCAGCUUGGAGAGAUUCAAGGUUGUACUCCAGUGUUUGUAAAACGUUUAGAACAAUCGAACAUCAAGGGUGGACUAGAAGAAGUGUACAAUCGUAUCUGUUCCAAUAUGUAUCCUGAAAUGACAGCAAUUGAGCAGAAGAGAACAUUAGAUCAGAGUUACUAUCAACGGGAUUUGUAUAUGGAACAAGCCAUGGUAUGUGGUUCCAUGGGUUAUGGUGAUUUUUUGUCAACUGAGCGGUUGAGAAAGAUUUUGAGUUGGCAGAGAAAUGAUGGCUGCUUUGGCGAGAAAAGGGAUGUUGUUCGUCAAGAUGAUAAUGAUGAUGAAACGGAGCAGUUUUUAGAAACCGAUACUGAUGACUUGGGAGCUCAACAGAGUGAGUUUAUUGACAAGUAUGAUACAGAUGGUACAGAAAAGAGAGGCAUUGAUUCUCCAUUUGGGAACAUCAAGAAAAGCCUUCAAUUUAAAUCUUCACAAAUAUUAAGGAAGCCACUGGGUAUGAGGACAAUGCGAUCACUGCUGUUGGAGAAGGAACUAGAUGAUGGGUGUAUGUCACAUGUCACUGGUGUGGCCACUGGCUUGCUGGGGGUGUACUUGCGCUGGUUGCUGUACUCUCAUGAUCAGUUGGUGAAAGACAGGGAAGCAAAGAAAUUAAUACAGAGCAAGGAAACAGGGAUGUUCAUCAAUGAUGAUUUGGUUGAUGUGCUUGCACUGAGAGAAAACCAAAUGCAGCAGUCUGCUCAUCUUGUGCAAAUGCGUAGAGCAGCAAUGUUGGAAAAAGGUGGAGUGUUCCUUGAGAAGAAAGUGGAUAGGAGUGGAAGUGAAGGUUCUGCUGCCUGGAGGGUGAUUGUCGUUGUAGGAAUUUUCCUUGUUUUAAUGGUAUCAGUAGUCAAGGUUUUUAGAUUAAAUUUAACGAAUAUGGUCAAAAUGUUGACUUAUCCAAAGAAGAGCUCGCAUGUUAUUUAGUAAUGCCAUAAUUUAUCAACUCUCAGUAGAAAGAUUUUUAUUAAUAUUGAGCACCAAGAAGUUUAGUCUUCCUUGCAGCUGUUUUAUUUGUCAUACAAUUCUUCUCCGCACAAGGAUUUUGUGAUGAUGCAAAUAAUUACAACAAAGGAGACUUCAUUGAUUUUGUAAUUAUAAAUAAAUACUUAAAUACUGUCCUCUUAAUUGAAAAGUUAAAUAACUGAAGAUAAUUUGAGAUAAAUUACAGGAAAUAAUGGUCUUGAAAGAGUAAUUUGAACAUAACGGCCAAAAUUGAAUUUCUGAUUUGUUUGAUCCAACGCAGACUUCCCUGUCAAACUGACUGAAUAGACUCCUGCAACAUAGUGUAAUCAAAUAUCAAAGAAAGUAUAAGUUUUGCAUGAAGUGGCAUCAAACUCUGUCUUUUAUUUUCCAGAUUUCAGUCUCAAAAUUGGUUUUCUAAAGAUGGACAUCUAAAUGGCAAAUUUCAGGCUGUACGUUCUUAAUCUGCUAGGUUCUUAUACAUGGGAUUUUACCUAUCCUAUAGCUUAAAUCUCAUUUUACCAUUAAGUAUCCAGGACUAUUACUUCUCGCCCCCCUGUACUAGUUCACUGCAGUUUUUCCCGUGAGGGCCGUCCCAGGGGUCAGAUACAUGACCACUUCAUCCCAUCAACUUUCCCAUUUUCUCCCAUAUUCUCCUGUUAUAAGUUCAAGUGUUCUCUGAAAUUUUUUGCAGUCUUGCAGUAGAAUACAGAUAUUCUGGAUGGCCCAGGGGAAUGAUAAUUUGUUUGAAAA